GUUUCCCAUGUGGUGAACCUCACGCACCGUAUGGGAACAAACAUGACCCAAUUGAUAACUUCAGAGUGAGUUAAGAGUUUCACUGAUCACAGUCACAGGUUGCUUUCGCACACCCCUUUUUUCGUGCGCAAACUGUUCCCGUUGGUCUUUCUUUCCCUCUUCACUGCAACCCCUGUUUUCACACUGUGCCAUCAUCUCCACAAUCCAAAGCAUUCCCAGAUGGCCUUGCAAACAGCUACUCCUCCAACUACUCCCAGUGCCCAAGUUGUUGGUAAUGCAUUUGUUGAGCAGUAUUACCAUAUUCUUCACCAUUCACCAGAUUUGGUCUAUCGGUUUUACCAGGAUUCUAGUGUGAUAAGCCGUCCUGAUUCCAAUGGUGUGAUGACAUCAGUUACAACCAUGAAAGGCAUUAAUGAGAAGAUUCUUUCGCUAAAUUUCAAGGAAUUUAAAGCAGAGAUAAAAACGGCAGAUGCUCAAAAGUCAUACAAGGAAGGAGUGACUGUGCUGGUGACUGGAUGCUUGACUGGCAAGGAUAACAUGAGAAGAAAAUUCGCGCAGUCAUUCUUUCUCGCGCCACAAGAUAAUGGCUAUUUUGUUCUUAAUGAUGUUUUUAGGUAUGUAGAAGACCAUGAACCAUCAGAACUGCCUCCAGUUAGUGGAGAUGGUGAUGCAGCUGCUGUUACUGUAACCCCAGUACCAGAACCCAGUCAUGUUGCUGAUUCUUCUGCGCCAGAUUCCACAAAUUCUCAUGCGAACAAGGGUCAAAUUGUUGCGGAGAAUGCUUAUGAGCCAUCUAAUCAUCAUGAGAGACAGAUACCUGUUGAAAAUGAAGACAAUGUGGAACCCCGUUUUCAGUCUAAUGGUAAUGAUGAUUCUCAGGCCACAGAACUGGCUUCUUCAGCUCAAGAGGACGCACCAAAGAAGUCUUAUGCAUCAAUUGUAAAAGUCCAAAAAGGGAGUUCGGGACCAACUAAAGUCUAUGUGCCUACUAAUACUGUAAAGUCAGGGCCUAACAAAACUGAGAGCCAGGUAACUGAGUCGGUAGAAUCUGCUGAAGUGCCUGAUGCUGCUUUGGAUAGUGUUAACGACCCUGAAAGUAGUGAUGCUCAUGAGGAAGUUGAGGGGCACUCCAUUUACAUUCGAAAUUUGCCUUUAAAUGUGACGGUUGCUCAAUUGGAAAUGGAGUUUAAUAAAUUUGGACCCAUCAAACCGGGGGGCAUCCAAGUCAGAAGUAAUAAGCAGCAAGGAUACUGUUUUGGCUUUGUUGAGUUCCUAUCUCUAAAUUCAAUGAAUAGUGCAAUUCAGGCUUCACCUAUUCCUGUUGGGGGGCGUCAAGCUGUAGUCGAGAUAAAGAGAACCACUACACGAGUUGGCAGUGGCAGUGGCAGUGCCAGUACCGGAAGACCUAGAAUCCCACCCGGAAGGAGUGGGUUACGAAGUGACUCUUUCAGGGGUCGUGGGAAUUAUGGAGGCGGUCGGGGCUAUGGUCGAAAUGAUUUUGGAAGCCGUGGUGGCGACUUUUCUGGUAGAGGUCGCGGUCAUGGAGAAGGUUAUCACCAAGGGAGAGGGAGAGGCGGCCGGUCAAGUGGACAAAAACAAAAUGCUGUUUCCAACUGAAGUACUAGAUGAUUUUAAGGAGGUUGUUCUGUGACCCCAUUUUUUGGUCAGUUACAAGCAUGCAAAUCCAUGGAUUUAUCUUGCCAGUUGCCACCCUCAACCUUCCAAAGUUUAUCUCAUGUUUCUUUCACUGCAUUUGCACAGUUGUAGUAUUUCUAGUUGUUAUUGCUAUGAUCCUAGUGGGUUAGUAGUGACCAGGAGGAAUAGGUAUACUUUUUUUAAAAGAAAUUGAAACAGAUGCAUUGAUUGGAAUUGGCAUUAGAUUAACCAUCAGUCUUUUUUUAUUUGUUGCUAUGGUGCAACAUUAUCCAAAUUGGGAUUUUAAUUUAACAAGGGUUAUUAUUAGUUCCACAUUUGUUUCUUAUUUAGUUGUAAAAUUUAGGAAUGGCA